CAAUGUGGUAAUGCCAAUGAUCGCAGGUUUGCAGAUUACGGCGUAUUCGCUCAAAACACUAGUUCGACCAGUCUAGAUAACCAACAUUGCAGCGAGUACCAGAACAACAUACCGACAUGGUACGACAUUCUGAUUCUUCACACACACACGCCCGAUCGACCAUCAUCAUUAUCAUCCAGCGGAUACUCGCUUUGAGCGGGGACGGUCGUUUAGUGGGAUGUACGAGGAAAAAGAUCAACUGGGAAGAUUGGAGGCAGCUGGCGAUAAUGUCGCUUCCUCGGUGCGCCGCUCGUCUGCUUGAAAAUGAGGCCCCUCAUUCGCGGACGGACGACCAGAAAGACGGGAAUGAGCGUUUUACCACGAUGCAUGGAAUCGCUGAUUGCGUAUUCCUCGACUCUGGGAGAUCUUCAGACACGGCUUGCAAGUUUCUCGCAAGUUUUCUUGUAAUUGGCAAGUAUCGCUCGCGAUUUGAGUUUCGCUUACCAUCCAUCGCUCGCCGUAUCUCCAGAUAUCUUGAUUCUGACACUAUUGCCAAUCACAUGGAAUCGAGAGAUUGGAGAUUCGGUACGGCCGAAAAACCGAGACAAAUCGCGUCCUCUGGAUUCGUCGAGCUUGCAUGCACAGUUCGUAAUCGUCAGGAGCGAGACAGUCUGAACAUUUUUUCUUUCUCUCUUUGGUAAUAUUGCGUAUUGCCGUAUCCAGCGAUCUGCAUCUGCCACGGCAUUGGCGGCAGAAUGAACAAAGGGCAACUUGGGGCUCAGCGAGGAGCAGCGGCAAAUCGUUAUUGCAACCGAAAUGCUGGUUCGAAAACAGGGGCCUAUGCACU